AUGGAUCGCAAAACGCACAGUGCUGCAGUCAAGGAUGGCCUGCUUGCUUGUUGCAUUAGCUCAUCCAAGGCUACUCAUUUGUUUCGCGGUGCUGGUGCUCGCAUGGCUGAUGCAUUUGGUGUCAACGAGAGCCAGAUACGAAGAAACGGACGCUGGAACUCUAGCAGCAUUAACAGGGCGUAUCUUACGGGUUUACUCCGAAAUCUCAUGAGACAGCUUGCUGACUUUCCAAAGGAAAUUGUUUAUUCUUACCUACCAAGGGGUACUCUGAAACUGCCCGAGGAAUUGCAGAGAGUGGCGUAUCACGAGUUAAAAGAAUGGGUUGAUCGCAUUAACUCUAAGACAGCGCAAAAGACAGGUACCGUGGUUGGUUUCAUCAAAUUGCUGCGUUCGCUGAGAACGGGUUUCCUCCAAAACUCUGUACAAAUGCGAAAGCCAUUUCCUGAUCGUUUCAUCUGGCAUCAUAUCAUUUUAGGACACCCGUUAUUGUGCAAGAAAUUCAGCGAGUAA